AUUUUUUAUUAUAGUGUCGUUCGUAUCUAAGUGAAAAUUAAAAACACUUUUCAGUAAUUAAAACUUAUGAAAAGUAUAUAUACAUUUGAAUUUUAGGAAUAAAGUAGUUCAUAUAGUGAAAAAUUGAGGAAAUCCAUUAUUUGUUUUUGUUAUCAUAAGAAGCAGACCACCAAUUGGGCUGUGGUCUAAGAACUACAAGAAUAGCGCAGGUUUAAGUAUUUAAUAUGAGCGGCGGUGGAGUUGGGAGUGACUCUGCUGCGCCAACUGGUCCGCGAGUGGUACAUAUUUACAAGACGGAAACUGGUUUUGGUUUCAAUGUACGUGGACAAGUUUCUGAAGGUGGGCAACUUCGUUCGAUAAAUGGGGAAUUGUAUGCUCCCUUGCAGCAUGUAAGUGCUGUUCUGGAAAAUGGGGCGGCAGAGAAGGCUGGAAUAAAAAAAGGAGAUCGUAUUCUCGAGGUGAAUGGUGUUAGCGUAGAAGGAGCUACUCACAAACAAGUCGUUGAUUUGAUUAAGUCGGGAGGAGAUUGCUUAACUUUAACGGUAAUUUCGGUGACACAGCAAGAAGCGGAGAGACUUGAACCUCAAGAAGAUCAAAGUGGUUACUCUUAUAUUGACUAUUCUGAUAAACGUUCGUUACCCAUUAGUAUUCCAGAUUAUAGUAUUGUGAAUCGCAAUGGAGAGCGCUACAUUGUAUUCAAUAUUCACAUGGCCGGGCGUCAGCUGUGCUCCCGUCGUUAUCGAGAGUUUGCGAAUCUUCACUCAAUACUGCGGAAAGAAUUCGCCGGAUUUAAUUUUCCUAAGCUUCCAGGAAAAUGGCCAUUCCAAUUAAGUGAGCAGCAAUUGGAUACACGUCGGAGAGGUCUUGAGCAGUAUUUGGAAAAGGUAUGCGCAGUGCGUGUUAUCGCUGAAAGUGAUGCUGUUCAAGAUUUUCUCACUGACUCUGAAGAUGAUAUAUCCGCUUCUCCAGUGGAUAUCAAAGUAAUGCUGCCUGAUCAUGAAGUAUCGACUGUCUCUGUCCGAAAAUCUGCUAACGCGCAGGCUGUAUGGGAGCUUCUGGUCCAACGUGCCAAUCUUACAUCAUAUACACAGCAAUAUUUUUACCUUUUUGAGAUUGUUGAAUAUAAUUUUGAAAGAAAACUGCAGCCACAUGAAAUUCCACAUCAGCUGUACGUGCAAAAUUACAGCACUGCAUCAAGCACUUGUCUUUGCGUACGCCGGUGGUUGUUUUCAGUGAAUCGGGAACUUGGCCUACCGGAUGGUGAACAAGCAGCAAAAUUUAUUUUCUACCAGGCAAUCGAUGAAGUUAAUCGUGGGUAUAUACGUGCCGAAGGUCGCCUUUACGAGUUAAAAGCCUUGCAAGAUGCUAAGAAAGCAUCAGAGUAUUUGGCAUUGGCACGCACACUACCUGGCUAUGGUGAUGUUGUAUUUCCGCAUUGUGCCUGUGAUAGCCGCAAGGAAGGGCAUGUUAUACCAGCUGUUGGUAUAAAAAGUUUCCGUUUGCAUGCUUGUCGGGAGGAUGGUUCAAUGGAGGCGCAAAUGGUCGAGCUAACUUGGGAAAGUAUAACACGGUGGGAGAGCGACGAAGAGUCCAUGUCUUUCUGCUUUCAAUACAAUCGUCCGGAUAAACCGGCGCGUUGGGUUAAAGUAUAUACGCCAUAUCAUUCAUUUUUAGCUGAUUGUUUCGAUCGAAUAGUGGAGGAACGAAAGUGGGAAGACACUGGUGAUUAACAGAAACGAGUUCACAACGCUUGAGCGUGGGCUUCAAUUUAUUCUAGUUUUACAACUAUUUAAGCAUUUCGCAGAAUCAAUUCAUUAUCUCUUAGCAUUUCGCUAUUUAUCCAGUUGAUAAUCAACAUCUCAAAGCUACGACAUUUUCUACUUUUGUCUUUUCGACACACACUACUCGUCUACUCCGUCAAGUGAAUAUUUUCGUGUACUUAGUAGCAAGUGGGUCUGAUAAAUUGUUAUAAUUAAAUUUAUUUUUAUUUAAUCAAUGGCCAUAAUAUCCCGAAUAUAGAGAAAUGCAAAUGUAAUUGAAGUAUUAAUUAUACUGAUCAAAUCAACCAAAAUUAUUAAAUAUAUAACAACAAUAAGUUAACAAGCUUUGAAUGAAUUAUGUCAUACAAACUUAACUACACAUAACUCAGAAAUGACAGUUUUUAAAGUUAAGUCAACUGUAAAUACAUAUGCAUACAUGUAUUUAAAUGCACCAUAACACUUUCAAAUGUGAACAAAUUGGUAUUUUCGCACUAAGAUCAAAUUGCUUUUAACGUAAAUACAUUUAAAUUAAUCUAAGAUGUUUAAAAAAUUAAUAUUAAAAUUGUUGUCAAUUUCUAAGGAUGAAGGCUUACGUACCCCAUAGUGGAACAGAAAUAUAUAGAAAAUUUAAUGGACAAGUAAAUAAAAAAAGUCUAAAUAAUUAAUUAAUUAUGAGUGAAAAUCAAAUAAAAACAAAUUGUUUAUGAAUUAAAACUCUCAAAAGCGUUAAAAAGUAGAUAGUAAGUAAAAAAUCAUGCGCAUUGGCCCAAAGUAAAUGAUAGUUACAAUAUGAAAUAUAUUUGGAGGAACUAGGAACAUUCUUCCACAAUAUCUGAUGUAAAUUUAACAAAAACCGUAAAACGAACAAACGUAAAUACGAAAAGUUGUAUUUUUUGCAAGUAUAUGAAAAUAGAAAAAUCUAUUUGUAUGUAUAUAAUAAUUCUAUAUUAUCAGUACAAACAAAGCGUAUUCAGCAACAUCAGAAAACAUCUAAAAUGAGAAUAAUUUGUUAACAUAUAUAUUUUUUUAACAACGCCGAUGUCCUCGGUAUUUUGUUUUAACUCUUUAUUGUUCCUCGAAAAGGUUUCAAAAAUUGAUUGCGAGCAAUGGAUAAAAAAUAUUGAAUAUAUUCGUCUGACCUUUUUCCAUUAGUUCAGUAGAAGCUUUCUGAAGCAACAUAUUUUUCUAUGUAUUUCCAACUUAAAACAUAUUGUGAGCCUAAGAGAUCGGGAAUAUAGAAAAAAAUUGAUAAACAUAUAAUUAGAUUCACACUAUCUCAUUUUAAAUAAACCUAAUUCUACGCUUUUUGAAAUUUUCAAAUAUGAACUCGCAUUGUACACUUUUGAAGCACAUACAUACAUAUAUACAACUUGUUGGCUCAUAUAACCAUAUGUUUGCAUAAAUAUACGAAAAAACUAGCAUAUUAUUUUAAAAUACACAUACAAAUUAUUUAUAUUUCAAAAUAUAGUGAUAUUCUUUAGUUUCAUGAUAUUUACAAAUCGUUCUUUAAAAAGCAUAAAUGUGGCCAUUACAUUACAAUAAUUACGAUAUAAUAGCAAACUAGUUCUGGCUCUGACAUUCCUUAUGUAGGUAAAAUGAGUAUGCAAGCAUCAGACAAGUGUAUAUGAGUCUAACGGCAACGGUCAGGUGUCUGAAUGCAUUUACUAAAUAGAAGUAGAAAUGUACAGAAAAAGUUAAUCCUGUCCAGCAUAUUCCUAUCUUAUCUAAGCUCAGCUGAUGAAUCAAGACUCUAAUGAAAUAUACGAGCAAAUAUAAUUAUUUAACUUAAGUAUAAAAUAGAUUGUUACAACUCUCAUUUUAAUAUGAAUUUAAUUAUAUUGUUUUUAUUAUAAACAUUUAUGGCUUUUGACAACAUUUCAUUAAUAUAUUCAUGUAUAGCAACUAGUAUGGAACUAUCAACCAUAGAGCGAUAGAAUGAUUUUGUUUCAAUAUUCAGACCUUUCAAAAUUAUUUAUCCAUUAAUUGAAAGUAUCUAAAUAUCCGUAGCUUAUUAUAAUCAACUUGAUAAAGAGUUGGCUAUGAAAAUAUGUUACACAACUUCAAAAACUUACAAUUCGAAAUUAAAAUGUUUAGAUCUCUUGCAUGAAUGAAUAUGCAGACAUUUAUUUUAUUUUACUGACAGUUGCUGUCCUAAAUUUAAAAUUUCACAGUAACAUUAUUUUAGAUUUACGUUAUGAACAUAUAUUGUGAUUAUUUAAAUUAUUAUUAUAUUUUAUUAUUAUUGCCAAUAAAAUAAACUGCGUCUAAAUGAA